AUGGGAAAAUUACUGAAACCCGGAAAAGUUGUCAUAAUGUUAAAUGGUCGUAGAGCUGGAAAGAAGGCGAUAAUAAUAAAUACAUAUGAGAGUCAAACAAGAGAAAGACCUUAUAGCUAUUGCCUAGUUGCCGGAAUAGAAAAACAUCCUCGAAAAGUGACAAAGAAAAUGUCCAAAAGGAAAAUUUUAAAAAGAUCAAAAGUUAAAGCAUUUGUUAAAUAUAUUAAUGUGAAUCACAUUCUCCCCACGAGGUAUCAAGUAUCAAGUGACUUCGACAUUAAAAGUUUAACAUCUGAAGAAGUUUUAAGAUCAAAGAAUAAAAAAAAGGAAGUUAAAAAAUUGGGAAAAAUUUUCAGAGAUAAGUUUUUGGACCCCAUUAAUAAAAAGACCGGGGAAGUUUCGAAGGACAUUGCAUUUUUACACAAGAAAUUAUACUUCUAA